AAAACUUCAACUCGUCAGUCAGUCAGUCAGUAAGUUUGAACGACAGCCACGUUCACCUGGACAUCAUAGAAAGCGCGCGCUCGGUCACUCUCAACAGCUGUCAAUCACCGCGGGCACUCUGGAGAGAGAGAGAGAGAGAGAGAGAGAGAGAGAGAGAGAGAGAGAGAGAGAGAGAGAGAGAGUUGAUUUAAUUUCACAGGACAGAUAUUAGCCGUGGAUACACCGCUCCAGACAGACUGAACUGAAACAAAGUUUGGGAAGAAACUUUUGGAAAAGUUGACUAAAACUUCAGACAGCGCAGGAAAAAGUUUGUUUUAUUUGAUUAAAUAUUGUUUCAUAAUCUUAUAAAGAAAAACUCUGAACAGAACUGAAGCAGAGGAAUCGAUUCAAUUAAAAUGCAUCGCAGGAAAGUCCGUCAAAUUCUCCUGAUGCUGCUAUUGGCUGCUGCUUCGGGGUUUGGCCAGGUGUUGGACCGAACACUCAGUCUGUCCAAUGAAAGGAGCUCGAUAGAAAGAACAUACGAGCUGACCAAAUACCUGGACCACCAGCUGAAAGAAAUCAGAGACACUUAUCUGUCAUAUCUUGGGCCUCCGUUUAGCGACCCAGGCUUUUCCCCUCCUCGUCCAAACAGCUCCUCUCUAUCCGUUCCCAGUGCUGCCACGCGUGUGGACCUGUGGCGUGGCCUUGAGAACGGGGCUCGUCUCGCCCAGAACCAGCGUGCGUACAGCGUUCUCCUCUGUGCCGUGAGGGAGCUGGCGCGCUCCACCCUGUGCCCCUACCUCCAGAGCUCCCUCCUUCACUUCUGCUCCGGCCUCAGCGGUUUACUCGGCUCGAUAUCCGGUUUGAUGAACGCCCUAGGCUACACUUCACCUCCCAAUGGCAACUUACCAGCCACGCCCGCGCAAGGAUACGCCCAGCCCAUGUCACAGUUUCAAGGAAUGAUCGAGAUCAGCCCCGCGCCCCUGCGUAGCUACGCGCCUCGUAACCGAGGCGUUCAGGGUGCGAGACAGGGAGCGAGUCGGGCGGACAUAAAACGUGAUAGAGACAGGGCGGAGAGGGGGCGAAGAGGUAGGAGGAAGGAAGGGGAGAGUUGGGUUGCAAAGGAGGAGGGUGCCAAGGAAGAAGGAAUGGAGAGGUGGGGGAAGAGGAGAAGACUGCUGAGUUUCGAAGAAGAGAAAACGGCAAAAGUGAAUUACAUCAAACACACCUAUAAUAACAUGAAUCACACGAUUGUAAAAUUCGGGAGCCGAAAGGAGCCCCUACUGUUUUCCUCACCUCGACGUAUAAUGCGCUCCAUACAGUCAUCUCAUUCAGGCCUAUCUCCUCUGUCCCUCCUCUAUCAGUAUGGUGGACCGGCCGCUGAUGUACAUACUUUAUUGGGCGCCCCUGUUCUCUCUUCGCAUCCUGUCCCUAAUGACUUCUCAAGGAAGGUGGAGGGAUUCUGGGUACUGCGAGAGCUGCAAAGCUGGCUGUGGAGGUCCGCCAAAGACUUCACCAGAUUGAAGAAACGACUGCGUGUUUGAAAAUAAACAGUGGCUUUGCUUCAAAACUUAGUGAGUUGCCUCGCUAACAAUAUGUCAGCAAAUACACAGCACACAGAUAUUGGCUCAAACUACUAUUCAGUAUUAAACUUAGGGAUGUUUAUAAUCAGCAUUUGUCCGCCAUCUCGAAUGUAUUGAUUUAUUAAACAGGUCCAAUUGCAUUGUGGGAUAGCUUUCCCCAUGAAGAACACAGGUGAUCGGGGCUUAGAUAUGAAACAAAUGGAGGCAACAUUACUUUAGUUUUAAAACUUUCAGUGUUGCCUGUGGAGGCAGCUCACUGGUUUUUGGAACGGAGCAAAGUUAUGUGCGAAACAGAUUGCUUCAUGCUCUAUGGAUGGAGAUCUAAGAACUUUUGAUGGUCACGCUUUGCACUAAAUCACCAAACAGAAAGGACGGCCAGAAGACGCGAUGUACAUCAGAGACAAAGGGAAAAGAGCACCCAUUGAGAACGAGACGUGAUUCAGCAGAAGGAAAGUGAAUCAUGUCUGAAAGCGGGCAGUAGUGAAAGGGUGAACGGGGAAAAGUGUGGGACGUGUGGCGUAACCGAAGAAACAAUGGAGAGUUUUCGCUGCCUCAGAAACUGACUCAGUGACGCCUCAUUGGCAUUGACUCGUCUUUUUCCGCGCACAUACGCACACCAACGCAUUCUUUGCAAAAAAACAGAUGCAAAAAUCCGAUGUCCACACUGUGUGUGUGUAUUUAUGUGAGUGGAUAAACACAGAAGUACCACAAUAUUGUAUGUUUUUUGGACAUGGUGAUAUUUUCUGAAAUUUUAUCAUGGUUUAUAUCUUAAAACACUAUGGUAUUACCAUGUUUUAUGGUAUCACAGUGUCAAAAAUGAUAGUCAUAUCAUGGUAUUCUUUGAAGCAGGUAAUCAUUCAGUACCCUAGUACUAGUGUGACGUUUAAUACCAUAGUAUUUUUGGAGUGCCAUGUAAAAACAUGGUAUAUCACACACAUGAAAAUUAAGGAGGAGUAAUAUAUAUGUGUGCGUGUUUGUGUACAAUAUGUAAAGUGUUUUUUGUGUCUGUGUAAAUGUCGUAUUAACUGUAUGUUAUAUUUAUUUAAUAUUAUUUAUUUCUCUGGGGUA